GGCAGGCCCCGCCUCGGCCCCUUUGGCAGGCUCCGGCCGGCGUCGCUGCGGCUCUGGCAGCGGAGCGAGAGCCCGGAGCCUGGAAAGAUGCGGCGCCCGCGGCGGCCUGGAGGUCCCGGGGGAUCUGGGGGUCUCCGGGUGCUCCUCUGCCUGCUGCUGCUGGGCAGCCGCCCGGGAGGCUGCAACGCCAUUAGUGCCCACGGCUGUCUGUUUGACCGCAGGCUCUGCUCUCACCUGGAAGUCUGUAUUCAGGAUGGCUUGUUUGGACAGUGCCAGGUGGGAGUGGGGCAAGCCCGGCCCCUUCUGCAAGUCACUUCCCCAGUUCUUCAACGCUUACAAGGUGUGCUCCGACAGCUCAUGUCCCAAGGACUGUCCUGGCACGAUGACCUCACCCAGUAUGUGAUCUCCCAGGAGAUGGAACGCAUUCCCAGGCUUCGCCCCCCAGAGCCCCAUCCAAGGGACAGAUCUGGCUUGGUGCCCAGGAGACCUGGUCCCACUGGGGAGCUGCUUUUACAGGGCAUCCCCACUGGCUCUGCUCCUGCUCCCCAGCACCGGCUUCCUCGACCUCCAGUAGGUGGGGGCGGAGCUGGGGCGGGCUCCUCCCUGUCCCCUCUGCAAGCUGAGCUGCUGCCCCCUCUCUUGGAGCAUCUGCUGCUGCCCCCACAGCCCCCACACCCUGCCCUGAGUUAUGAAACUGCCCUGCUGCAGCCCUACCUAUUCCAUCAGUUUGGCUCCCGCGAUGGCUCCCGGGGCUCAGAGAGCUCCUCAGGGAUGGUCAGUGUUGGCCCCCUGCCCAAGGCUGAACCCUCUGCCCUCUUCAGCAGAACUGCCUCCAAAGGCAUGUUCGGGUCUCACCCUGGCCUCUCCUAUGGGGACCCUCCAGGGCCUCCACCUGCUCAGCUUUUCCAGGAGUCAAGGCUACUAUACCUGGCCCAGGAGCCACAAGUGCCCAGCAGGGCCAGGGCACCAAGGCUGCCAGAGCAAGGGGGCAGCAGCCAGGCGGAGGACUCCUCAGAGGGCUAUGAGGAGGAAGGACUAGAGGGCCACAGGGAGAAGCCUCCUUCCCAAGCAGAGCAGCCAGCAGAUGUGAUUCUGCAGAGACUGGCAGCCGUGCUGGCGGGCUAUGGGGUGGAGCUGCGUCAGCUGACCCCUGAGCAGCUCUCCACCCUCUCGACCUUGCUGCAGCUGCUGCCCAAGGGCGCAGGACGAAAUCUGGGAGGGGUUGUAAACGUUGGAGCUGACAUCAAGAAAACAAUGGAGGAGCAGGUGCAGGGUGUAGACGCAGUGGAGCCUCCGCCCCCCACCCCUUCCCUGCCUGGAUCCCCCACUGCCGGCCCCACCUCCAAUAAAGCCCAGCAGGAACUGAGCUCUGGAUCCUCUGAGCCUCCAAAAGCUGCCGACCCCCCUGCCACACAUGUCCUACUGGAGAAGAAAAGUCCACUGGGCCAGAGCCAGCCCACAGCAGCAGGGCAGCCCUCCACUCAGCCAUCAGCAGAGGAAUACGGCUACAUUGUCACUGACCAGAAGCCCCUGAGUCUGGCUGCAGGAGUAAAGCUGCUGGAGAUCCUGGCUGAGCAUGUGCACAUGUCCUCGGGGAGCUUUAUCAACAUCAGUGUUGUGGGACCAGCCCUUACCUUCCGCAUCCGGCACAAUGAACAGAACCUGUCUUUGGCUGAUGUGACCCAGCAAGCUGGGCUGGUGAAGUCUGAACUGGAAGCACAGACAGGGCUCCAGAUCUUGCAGACAGGAGUGGGACAGCAGAUGGCCUCAGGGGUUCCUGCAGAACCAGCCCUUGCUUGGAAGAACUGUCCAAGAUGGCCGGCCAUGGGGCUCCGCAGAUGUUCUAGAGCCAAGUCUCAAAUUCCAAGGGAAAACCUAACACAGAGGGAGGAGGCGGCCGCUGUCCUUCCUCGACCAGCCCACAGCACCUCUCCCAUGCGCUCUGUGCUGCUUACUCUGGUGGCCCUGGCAGGUGUGGCCGGGCUGCUUGUGGCUCUGGCAGUGGCCCUGUGUAUGCGGCAGCAUGCGCGGCAGCGGGACAAGGAGCGCCUGGCUGCUCUGGGACCCGAGGGGGCCCAUGGUGACACAACUUUUGAGUACCAGGACCUGUGCCGCCAGCAUAUGGCCACAAAGUCCUUAUUCAGCCGAGCAGAGGGUCCACCGGAGCCUUCUCGGGUGAGCAGCGUGUCCUCGCAGUUCAGCGAUGCGGCUCAGGCUAGCCCCAGCUCCCACAGCAGCACACCGUCCUGGUGUGAGGAGCCUGCCCAGGCAAACAUGGACAUCUCCACAGGACACAUGAUUCUGGCAUACAUGGAGGACCACCUGCGCAACCGGGACCGCUUGGCCAAGGAGUGGCAGGCCCUGUGUGCCUACCAGGCGGAGCCCAACACCUGUGCUACCGCCCAGGGGGAGGGCAACAUCAAAAAGAACCGCCACCCUGACUUCCUGCCCUAUGACCACGCGCGCAUCAAGCUGAAGGUGGAAAGCAGCCCUUCUCGGAGUGACUACAUCAAUGCUAGCCCCAUUAUUGAGCACGACCCACGGAUGCCAGCCUACAUAGCCACACAGGGCCCGCUGUCACAUACCAUCGCAGACUUCUGGCAGAUGGUGUGGGAGAGUGGCUGCACUGUCAUCGUCAUGCUGACCCCGCUGGUGGAGGAUGGUGUCAAGCAGUGUGACCGCUAUUGGCCAGAUGAAGGCUCCUCUCUCUACCAUGUGUAUGAGGUAAACUUGGUGUCAGAGCACAUCUGGUGCGAGGACUUCCUGGUGCGGAGCUUCUACCUGAAGAACGUGCAGACCCAGGAGACGCGCACGCUCACGCAGUUCCACUUCCUCAGCUGGCCGGCAGAGGGCACCCCGGCCUCCACCCGGCCCCUCCUGGACUUCCGCAGGAAAGUGAACAAGUGCUACCGGGGCCGCUCCUGCCCCAUCAUUGUGCACUGCAGUGAUGGUGCGGGGAGGACUGGCACCUACAUCCUCAUUGACAUGGUACUGAACCGCAUGGCGAAAGGAGUAAAGGAGAUUGACAUUGCUGCCACCCUGGAGCACGUCCGCGACCAACGGCCUGGCCUUGUCCGUUCUAAGGACCAGUUUGAAUUUGCUCUGACAGCUGUGGCGGAGGAGGUGAAUGCCAUCCUCAAGGCCCUGCCCCAGUGAGACCCCUGGAGCCCCUUACUGGGCAGCCAGCCUCUGCCCCCUCUUUGCCUGUGUGAGCAUCUGUCUAUGUACUCACUCCUCCCCCUACCCCUCACCUCGGUCCCUCUUGGGCAUGUCCAGUCCUUCCAAGAGGAGUGUAUAAGGAAGGGGAAGCAGGACGGGGAGACUUGCCCGGCUUCUGGCAUGGGGGAGCUGGCAGCCGGCCAGGAGGAGAGGAAAGUCAUGGGCAGCAAUUCCACCCAGAACCUCCUCCUGCCUGAGUUCCCUGGCCCCCAUUUCCCGCCACUCUGGAAGCUCUGAAUAUGUCUGUGGACAGCCCCCAUCCUCCAGUGUGGAUGGAACGGGGCAGGGGGGCUCUAUGCCCCGCUCUUCCUGCUUUCCCAGCCCCUGCUGUCCUGCCUCCCCAACCCACACUCUGGCCCCUACCCUUCCUGUCCCUUCCUCCCCACCCCGCCCUUCCACCACAUGCCACUCAACUCUCCCCCUCUGGCACAAGAGAACAUUUCUAGAAAAAUCUACUUUUGUAUCAAUGUGAAUAAAGUUAGUGUGUCGUGUGUGCA